GCUCUGCACAACAACAACAACCACACCACCUUCUCCACCCCCAUUUCCGACCGUGUCAUUCGCUGCUUUCAUUUCUUGGACCAUUAUUGACGGAGCGGAUUAUCACAAAGGCAUAAUCAGUGGACCUCGGAGACUUACAGUUUUGCUGAGAGAAAGGAGGGCUUGGGGCUGUGUAGCCGGCCGGAAGGGUCGACACACGCAUCGUCAUGGAGCGACGGUCAUUGCUGGACGGCGAGGCCACGCCCACGCAUGAGAACCCGAAUGUAUUUGACGAUGAGUUUGAGGUGGAGGACUUCGAUGUACCAGUGGACGGCUACCGACCGCCGCAGGACACGGAGAGCGAGGGCCGGCCGAGCAUAGAAAGUCCGCCCGUACGAAUCGUGUCAGCGCACUACGCUGCGAGCCCAGUGUCACCCAUAUCGCGACAGAGUUCACACGCGACGGCGAGGAACUCGAUGCGGAAGUCUCGGGCGGGCGCAGAGAAUCCGUUUGCGAGUCCGGAGGAUGAUGGGUAUGAGCACGCGCCACGUCUCACUUUUGAGCCGGAGAAUGUGAGGAGGUCGGUAUCGUCGACAUCGUCAAGGCAAUUCGCGGGCUCGUCUACUCCUCGACUGGGUGCAGGACCUAGUCAUCCAUACGGCGCGUAUCCGCAAGGGACAUUACCGCGAACGCCGAGCAUGGCGACACAAUCCACAUUAAGGGCGCCUCGGGGUCAAUCUGCGGCUGCGCAAAACGGUCCACAGCACCCGUAUGCGCUGUACCCGCAAGGCGUGGCCGAAGACGAUGAUGAGGAGCUGACUGAAGCAAGUCCUAUUCCUGUGGGCUUUACCGGACUCGGCCAGACGUACCACAGGCGGCGAGGUCCUGAGGGAGAGGAGCAAGACAUCAUUGGCGAGGAUGGCCAUACCGAGCAACUACCACCGUAUACUCGCUACCCGGAGGAUGCACCGGAGAAGAUGCCAUUGCUAGUACCGGAAGCGCCGCGAGCCUUGCAUAGUCGAGCGCCUGUUGCAGGAUCAGAUCCUACCAUGUCACUUAUGCAUACUCCGAUACAGCCGUCACAGACGCCACAACCUCAGUCAAUGACGGAUGAGUCGAACCUCCGGGCCGGUAGACCCGCAUCGAUUGCUAGUGCGGAGGCGAGGAAUGAUAGUUUCGUGACAGACUCGUCUACGAGCAAGUCGUGGAAGGAGAAGACCUGGAAAGAGAGGAGGAAGACCAAGUUGUGCGGUGUCCCACUCGGAUGGGUUUUGCUCGUCGUCGGCGUAGCGGUUUUCAUGGUAAUUGUGAUUUCGGCAGUUAUUGGAGGCUUCUUAAACCACCAGAAGAACGAACAGAAACAGAUCUUGACGUCUGGGGGCACGUCGUUGUACGAUGCUAGUGCCAUCCCAACUCCGGUCUCCGCCGCGCCACCGACUGGCACCUACGCGCUCUCCCUCAGUACUCCACAGGAGGCACAGGCUGCGUGCUUGGUGCAAUCAAACCAACAAGCAGCGUGGGCCUGCAACCUCGCUGGCAACCCCGCGGCGGUGCUCACUGUGGUCCGGCCGCCGAACGUCAAUCAGACCGGCGCGUAUAUGUCCUACUCGUCCUCCGACAAGACCAUCAGCUACGGUUCGCAGAAUUACAUGAUGCAGACCCUCUGGGCGCCGUUCAUGACGGUGCAAGACAACGACGCACCCGGCGAUGGACCUGCCUACUACUUCCAGCAGUUCUACGACAAGGUCGUCGUGGUACCGGAGUCUGCGCUUACCGCUCCAACCGCAGCACCAGGAUCCAACACGAAGCGGCAGGCUCUCGAUCUCGCACCCGGUUGGCUGCAGCAAAAGCAGGUCGCCAGUGCCGGCGAGAAGCCGUGGUUCUGCGUCUGGAACAACACUUUCAUGGAAGGCUUCAUCUACGUGCAGCAGCCGAUUGCUUCCACAUACAGCCUCGCGACUCCGACACCCACUCCCACCAACAUCUCCUCGCCCGUCACAAAAUCCCCUGCAACAACCGCCCCUAUAACCGCCAAAGUCACGCUCCCUUCCACCACCAUCACCUGGACCGGCCCUCCCUCCGCCUACGCCUCCUGGGCCACCCACCUCGCCCAAUACCAAACCCAAGGCGGCUACGACUACGACGGCUACGACGGCAACGACGGCAACAACAACCACAAGGAAAAGCGGCAAUACGACCCGGACGCGCUCUACGACUCACUCUCCGUGUACCCGAAGGUCGUGAAGAUCGAAGAACGCAGGCUACCCGGCAACACGGUGCAGCCUUACUGCCAGCAAUACCAGAUCCUCGACGACGGCGGAUACGGGCUGUUGACGUAUCCUGGUACGAGCCAGGUGAUUGCUAUACAGCUUGAUGAGGUGGACCCAGGAUAUGGUGCGUAUCAGAGUGCGGGCGUUGCGGGGUCGAGGCGGAAGCAGAUGUUGGGGGAGCGGGCUACUGUGCCGGGGACUUGUCAUUGUCAGUGGAUGAGUGGGCAGUCGGGUCAGUGAGCCUGGUUCGCGUGACCUACGGACGCCUGUAAGGGGUAAUGUUAUGAUUAUGAUUUGGCGUUUGGGCGGGUGUAUGCCUGUAUAUGGACGAGGCGCCGGGAGUUGGGACUGUAGUAAGGUUUCUGGUACACGAGGUAAGGUAACAUUGGACGAGUU